AUGGCUACGUUUGGAGCCAAAUGUGACUUGGAUGCCAAUCUAUCUUUUCAAACUGGUCAACAUCUUCAGGGAUCAUCAACGGGUGGCAAAGCUGGAUUCCAUCACUCAUUUGGGCCCGGUACCGAAACUGUGGUGCUCGGGGGCAGGCCUGCGAUGGCACCCACGCCAAUUGUUGGCGCGGCGUCGAAUGAAUUAAGCGAGCUGGCUGCUGGGGGUAGCGGCGCUAACGGCACACGGACUAUCACUGCAUCGUCGUCGAAAUCUGAGAAGCCUGCCUCGUCCUCUGCUGCAUCAAAACUUCACCGCACGUUCAACCAGCAUUGUAAUUAG